AUGGGCCCCCGAGGCAUGGGCUUCCCCGCCGACGGGAAAGACAAUAAUGGUUGGAAGCUGUACAUCAGCUCACUCGUUUUGAUCAUUGUCGCUGGAUUGACCGUCAUUGCUCGCUGUGUAACACGAUUAUGGCUCAACAAGCCUGGUUGGGACGAUGCUGUCAUCGUCUUGUCCCUCUGCUUCUCGAUAAUCGUCUCCGUCUCGAUGCAACUCGCCAUUGAAUAUGGCUACGGUAUGCACAAAGACGACCUCUCCAAGGCGGAUCUACGCACCGCCCUGCGAUUCUUCUUCAUCGCCCAAACACCGUACAAGGUCGCCGUCUGGCUCAACAAGCUCAGCGUCAUCCUUCUUUACCUGCGAAUCUUUAUUAGUCGCAGCUUCCGUAUUUCCGCCUACGUCGUCAUGGGCAUCGUCACCGCUUCAAGUAUCGGCGGCAUUGGCGCCACCAUCUGGCAGUGUGUUCCCAUCUCUGCGGCAUGGGACAAGACCGUGAAAGCUACAUGCAUUGACUCGGAUAAAUUUUGGGUUGCAUAUGCUGUUAUGAAUGUCCUCACCGACGCCAUGGUGCUGGCACUACCAAUUCCCAGUAUUCUGCAACUACAACUUUCAUGGAAGAAUAGAAUCAUGCUAUGUUGCAUGUUUCUACUUGGCAGCUUCGUCACAGUCACUUCUAUCCUCCGAACCACAUCCGUCUCAAACUCACUCGAGAAAAAAGCAGACAUAACAUACAACUUCAUAGACCGUGGCAUCUGGACCCUGACCGAAACUAACCUCGGCAUCAUCAGCGCCUGUCUUCUUGUUCUGAAGCAACCGCUCGGAAAACUCUUCCCCCGACUCUUCGGAUCAACCAAGAAGGCCUCAUCAUAUUACCCAAACAACUCGCUGGGAAGAAACGCCGGGUAUAAUUUAUCAGACCUGCACGGACCAAACUCAGAGUCAAGUGGAGUGUGGCGAAACCAAGGUCGGUUCAAGAACGAGACUACGAUUUCGGGGCCAGGCGAAAGCAGGAAGGAGAGCGACGAAGAUUAUAUUAUAGAAGGUUAUAAAGUGGGAAAUAACAGCCAUCAGGACAUUUUGGCAGGUCACAGGGAAAAUAGGUAA